AUGGACUCUCAACCAGAUCCCGAGAAGCAUCUGGCCAGCGAGAUCAAGCCCGACCGUGCAGCGUCGCCAGUCGACAUUCGCCGCAUGUCAACAGAGUCAUCAGCAGCAGCACAGAAGAUCCUGGAGCACUCUGGCGACCAUGAUGAGGCCAUGAAGCUUCUGCCAGUGGCGAGAAUCAUGUGUGUUGUGUACGGUCUGAAUGUGAGUGGUUUCAUGCGUAAGGGCGACGAGGAAAAGACGCUGACCUGGAAGCAGUAUCUCGACAAGACGACACUAUCCUAUGCCUCGAUCAUGGGAAUCAAGGAGGACAUCAAUCUCGUUGGGGACAACUACCAAUGGCUGGGAUCGAUCUAUCUGUUCUGGGAGUACCCAACAAAUCUACUCCUACAACGAAUGCCGCUGGCUAAGUACAGCGCCGUAAACGUCAUCCUAUGGGGGUCCUUGUUAGUCCUCCAUGCAGUUGUGGCGAACUUUGGCGGCGCGGUCGCCGUUCGCUUUCUGUUAGGCGUCUUCGAAUCUGCGGUAACGCCAGGCUUCGCGUUGUUGACAAGUCAAUGGUGGACGAGAAAAGAGCAAGGUCUACGUACGGGCAUCUGGUUCAGCUUCAAUGGCAUGGGCCAAAUCUUCGGCGGUCUUGUCGCAUACGGCAUCGAUGCAGGCGCGAAGAAGCACGGCUCGGCUAUCGCGCCAUGGAAGACUGUGUUCAUGGUCAAUGGCUUCAUUACGCUGGGCAUGGGUAUUCUGUUCUACUGGGUCAUUCCGGACAACCAGCUCAACGCAAAGUGGUUGAGCGAGCGUGACCGUGUUCUUGCUAUGGCGCGCGUCAGGAGCAAUCAGCAGGGUAUCGGCAACAAGCACUGGAAGAAGUACCAGGUCGUGGAGGCUCUGAAAGACCCUAUGACCUGGGCUUUCGUAUUCUAUGCUUUGGUGGCUGACAUUCCGAAUGGAGGAAUGUCGAACUUCUUCUCCCAACUAAUCGUCUCCUUCGGCUACACGCCCUCCGAAUCCCUCCUCUACGGCACGCCAGGCGGUGCCGUCGAAGUCGUAGCCCUCAUCGUAUGCGGCUACCUCGGUGACCGCUAUGGUCAACGCAUCCUCUGGUCCAUGGUAGGACUCAGCGUGGGCAUCUUCGGCUUCAUCCUGAUCGUUGCCCUUCCGCUGGACAUGAAGCUCGGCCGGCUCAUUGGUUUCUACCUCACCCUUUCGGUUCCUUGCCCGUUCGUGGCGCUCCUGAGCUUGAUCAGCAGUAAUGUCGCGGGCUAUACGAAGAAGACGACUAUUGCAGCGCUGUACCUGGUGGCUUAUUGUGUUGGGAACAUCAUCGGCCCACAAACAUUCCGCCCAGAAGACGCCCCAAACUACCGCCCAGCACAGUACACCAUCCUAGGCUGCUAUGCAGCCUGUAUGGUCGAUCUAAUCUUCAUCUGGUGGUACUAUCGACGACAGAACGCGAAGAAGGCGGCUUUGCGGGCGGAGGAGGGGUAUGCUAAGGUGCCGAACCAGGAGUAA